CAUUAGCCCAAGUUCUUUGCCCACGUACCAAGUCCGCGCCUGAUACUCCUUGACCUAAACCCUGCCCAUCAAUCUUUUGUAUCAAUUAGUCGAUUUAACUUGCGUCUAUAACUACCCGUCGCCACACGUCUCUCGUGGAGAUCCAAAUAGGACCAUGUCGUCUCUCCUCCGCCUCUCACAGACUCUCCGCACACUCAGGACACCAAAAACUACCAAAACAAUGUCUGCCCACUUCUUCUCUCCCUCUCAAACAUCCCGACAUAUCGCCCUACCACGAACGCGCCUCUACUCUUCGGGGGGCUACGGUCACUACCGAUCGCAGGUAAAGAUGAACGAACUUGUUCUGUAUGGACUCAUGGGAACCAACAUCGCCAUCUUCGGGUACGCAUAUUACGUCAAGGAGCAAGCUAGGCAGGGCUUCCAAAGGCCGUUUGUGAAUUUCAUGAACAAGAUGACGUUAAACCUCACUGCGUUUCAGCAUGGAAACUACUUCUCGCUCCUCACUUCCGUCUUUACGCACGUGGAUAUCGGCCAUAUAUUUUCCAACAUGUUUACCGUGUACUUCCUGGGUUCCUUCUUGGCUAGUGCGCCCAUCAUAACGCCCUUCCGCUACCUGACCAUUGCUCUUGGCUCUGGAAUUGCGGGGUCUGUCGGCUACCUAUUCAACCGGUAUUAUCAGUUGCAGGCUCAAGGUCCUCAUGCCAGAGACUAUACGCGCGGUUUGGGUUUCUCCGGAGCCGUCAUGGGCAUCAGCAGUGUAGCGGCGUGUCUGGCACCACAUUCUAAAGUGAUGAUAUAUGGUCUCGUGCCAAUGCCACUUUGGGCUCUUGUUACGGGCUAUGCAUUCUAUGAUGGGUUCUAUCUCAACAGCGCGAACUCGCACAUUGGCCAUGCGGGACACCUAGGAGGACUGGCGUUUGGACUUGUGUAUUACUUUGCUAGGCUGAGGGGUUUAAGGUUGUGAGUUCCAUAACAUAGAUGGGAUACCCUCAGCUUAUCGUGAAGACGAGAAGGGUUUCCUGCUGACAUCAUAUGUACUGUAUGCUUCGAGCCUUCACAAUAAGAUGACUGAGCUUCAUGGCCCGUAUCCACAUUCUGAAUACCAUAAUCUAUUACCAGC